AUGGCUUCAUCUACAUAUACAAGCUUCGAUUAUCUGGAUAAAGAAGUGCUUGAAAUGGCAGUCCUUUUCAAAUGGCGUUCGCUUGCCUUCCUACUAUUUGGAGUUUUGUAUGAAGGUGUAUGCGCAAAGUCCCAUGCGGAACUUGUGAAACGAGCUUUUGAUAAAGGACGACAGGCCGUAACUGAGCGUUAUGACGUCAUCAAACCAAACUUCCAUGAGUACGAUGUGGCGGGAUUAGAGCAUGGCUGCCGUUGGAAGAUGGGCUUGAUGAUGAAGCCUUCACCAUUUGCUCAGUACAUGGAACGACAUGCCGUGUUUUACCUGGCCGCUACUCGAUAUAUCGUCCAAAGAUCUUCGAUGAAUCCCAGAGAAAUCCUGUCCGACCCAGCCUUCCGCGAGGAAUGGAAAACCCAGAGUGCAGAGCAGGGUAUUAUGGAGGAGGGAGGGUGUGCUGGAGACAUUGCUGCAGUAAAACAGUUUUGUAAAAGUCACUUAAACGAACGAUUCCGAACGGCUGAUGGUUUAUGUAACAACAUCAAUAACCCGACGUGGGGACGUGCUGGUACUCCCCAUGCCCGGUUUCUCCCUCCAUUGUAUGGGGACGAUUUAAAUAUGGGAGACACACCUCGUAUUGACUCCGUCGCUGGAGGUUUACUUCCCAGCGCAAGGGACGUAUCCGUGAAAGUGUUCAGACAUUUCGAGUUUAAUAACCACCCAACACACACGCAUAUGUUAAUGGCCAUGGGGCAAUUCAUCGAUCACGAUCUAACAUUCACUCCACAUGAAAAAGGGCAAAAUGGCGCCGAUAUUGAUUGCUGUUUAAAAAUGCCGAAUGGUCUUCUAAUCGACAGACCCGAAUGUUUCCCCAUCAAUGUAACCGCUGGAGAUCCUCAUUUCCGUAAGGACUGUCUUAACUUUGCCAGAUCGUCCCCAGCGAUCCAGACCGGCUGUGGUGUGAGUUUAAUGUCCUCUCCCGACAACCUGCCUCCCCCUGGCCCGAGGGACACGUGUGCAUUGACCGCUGACCACACGGAACGUUGCCUAAAAGCAGGAGAUGAGCGAGCAAAUGAAAUACUAAACCUUGGCAUGAUGCAUAUUGUUUUCCUCCGCGAACAUAACCGUAUCGCUUAUAAACUCGCAAAGAAAUGUCGACGUUUUCGCCGCAACAACAACAGGUUAUUCGAGGAGACUAGACGUAUCAUCAUUGGUAUCAUGCAGAAAAUCACAUUCUACGAAUUCUUACCAGAAGUUCUAGGUUCGAAGACAAUGAGGAAGCACCAACUAAAAGAACAGCAGUACAGAGGCUAUGAUCCAGAAGUGGAUCCGUCUAUAUUGAACGAGUUUUCCACCGGAGCCUUCCGCUUUGGUCAUUCCUUAAUCCCGAACCAUUUCGCAUUCAUGAAUGAGGAUCUUUCAACCGACUAUACGAAACAUGUCAGUGAGACAUUUUUUAAGCCGAUUGAAGUACAACACAAAGAUCUCAUGAAAAAGUUGUUACGAUAUCUGACAACGACUAAAUCCCAUGUUGUUGACAGGGAGUUUAGUGAAUCCGUGCAGGACCGUCUUUUUGAAGACGAAGCAGGUGAUAGUUUCGACUUAGUCGCCAACAACAUACAGCGGGGACGAGACCAUGGAUUAGCAUCCUACAUGGAAGUUAGAAGGGCAUGCAGAUUACAAACAGUUUCUACUUUUCCAAACCUUCCUAAUAUGACCCCGGAAAAUCGAGCACUUCUCCAGGACGUAUAUGCAGAUGUUGAUGAUAUCGAUUUGUUCGCUGGUGGGAUUUUGGAGAAGCACGUUCGUGGUGGGGUGGUCGGUCCAACCUUUGCCUGUAUCAUCGGGGAACAGUUCAGACGUCUCAGACAGGGUGACAGCUUUUACUUUGAACGACACAAGACAUCCUCUCGAGAAUUCGACACUCGAGGAUCGGUUAAGAGGAGGAUCGGUAAAGAGAAGGAUCGGUUAAGAGGAGGAUCGGUUAAGAGGAGGAUCGGUUUAGAGGAGGAUCGGUUAAGAGGAGGAUCAGUUUUGAGGAGGAUCAGUUUUGAGAAGGAUCGGUUAAGAGAAUGA